AUGUUCGUUUCAAACGCCAAAGUUCGCAUCAUUGGCCUCGGGGGGAAGUCGCGAAAACGCCGGCCCCAGCGGCGCCGCCUGGCAGUCAAAGAGUUCCUCAAGAUGCCGUGCCUGCUGCCCACCAUCGCCACCGUCGUCCUGGGGCUGAUGGCUGUCUCAGCCGGCGCCGGUAUGGCCAUCAAGGGCUACAUCCCCCAGACGUCGACCAACGUCACACUAGACAGCGCUGAGGCCGUCAUCAAAGUCUGCUCGUUUCUGGGACCCGUUGUCAUGGCGACAGGCUUAUUCGCCAUGAUUGUGGCCUGCGUCUUCUACUGUGAGAUUCUGGACAAGUACGCCAUCUUGGUGCCAGACAAGCACGCGGCGCUGUACGACAAGGACGAACUCUUCGAGGUCAUCGUCAAGGAGAUGAAGAAAAGCUACGCCCAGACGCUCGUGACGGCCUACUCCAAGGCCGCCGAGCGCAGCUUCCUGCUAGACAACCCCAGCAGCAGUGGCGAGCUCUUGCCGGAGCCCAUCUUCCCCUGCAAGCCCAGCGAGCCGCUGACCCUAGAGCAGCAGAUAGACAUUGAGUGCGAGGGCUACACGCCGUCCCCGCCCAUACCGCACAAGAAGUACAGCGUCAUCCAGGCGCGCAUACAGCGGCUGCGCAGUGAGGACAACUGGCUGAAGACGUCAUCACUUCCCAACAUCCGUCGCUCGGCCAGCAUCAAGCGGGCGGGCCGGGUGGGCGGUAAGAUCGUAGACUCGAGGACCCUGAGCUACGACUACACCAUGGACGAGGCCCGGCUCAGGCGCAAGUCCAUGAUGCUCCGCUCGCUUGUCCAGUGGAACUCCGAGUCCUCAGACAUGCUGACCGGCAAGCAGAGGCGAUUCUCCUCCGUCAAGGCGCUCCCCUCCCAGCGGCGUGACAGCUGGGGUGCAGUGUCCCAGUCGGGCUACGGGUCGUUCCCCCUGACCCGCCUGAUCCAGAGACGGGGCACGUUUGCCUGUGGCGACAUGAGGACCCGCAGGAUGAAGUUCCUGCUGCUCUUGGAGGCCUCGGAGAGUCAGGACGCCCUGCCGGACACGGCGUCCAUUGACGGGCGCGCGACAGUCGCGGGCAUCAGGAGAAACUCUUUCAUUCCCUACACGACCUGUGACAGGUUUAUAGCAGAUGAGGAGAAAAAGACGCUGAGAGACAGUAGAAGACCUUCCAUCAACCCCUUCUCGUUUACCAACAGGUUCGGCUCGGCCGGCCCCAAGCCAGGCACGCGCAGACAUUCCUUCUUCCCCAUCCGCAGGGACGACAAGAUCUUGGUUGGGGACGUCAACGAGCAUAGGCGGCACUCCUUCAACCCCAUAGGCGUCAACAACACGCUCAAACCCGAGUAUGCAGCUAAAAUGGAAAAUCGUCGAUCUUCGUUCAAUCCGGACGGCACCCUAGACAAAAGCGGGGACCGUCGUGGUUCCCACGUUCCCCAACAAAGUUCCAGGUUCCUUCAGGUUCCAGGGUUUGAAGUUGACCUCACAGAGAGGCGACCGUCUAUCGACGUCGCGUCUCAGAGCGGCGAGCCGGAAGAGCCGGCUGUCAGUCAAUCAGUCUUCCAAAACGACCGGCAGGUGGAACGUAGACAUUCGUUCAACCCCCCAGUGCGCAUGUCUGCCGCGGGGGAACCGAACCUCAAAGUGCCAAAGAUUACAAUUAGCGUGGAACCUCCUUCUCGGUUCCUCACUGUUCCAUCUCAGGACUACUAUUUAGAAGAGAGGGAGCGACGCCACUCUUUCAACACAACAUCAACGAAACCAGCGUCUUCAACAGCAUCUUCAACAGCAAACAGCUCAAAAACAGGCGAGAAAGCCAUCCCGCAGAGAAUAUCUUUUCGGCUAGACGAUACUGCGGCCCAGCCUGGAUCUAAGCCAAAAGGCAAAGCUGGCCCGGAGCCGGUGCGGCCCUCCAGCUUCAAGCAAGAGAUGAUCGUCUUUAAACCUCUGCGCCGCCCCGACUCCCGGAGCGUCAGUCCGGCCUCCAACAUCUCGUGCUGCGGCAGUGAGCGGCUGGGCAGUGAGCAGUCGACCAGCUCGUCGUUGGCCACCUCCAGGACCGCCUCCAUCAGCUCGGAGCGGUCUCUCAAGACGGCCAUGACGGGAUCGCCAAGCACGGUGGUAGCGGCUGACGGGGUCUUGUCUUACGGCACGUUUGACGGGCACCCAGAGGCCGGUGUAGACGGGGGCCCGGGACGCGAGUCAGCCAGCGAGGCUCCACAGGACAGCUUUAAGCAGCGAUCUUCCUCAUUCAGGGACAUGAGGGGACGUGGCAGGUUGCGUCACCACGUGGUACAAACUGACUCACCCGGAAGUACGAGCUCCGGCCCCGCCACCCUCACGCCCUCCACCAUUCUGGACGCCAACGCCGCCAUACACAGAAGUCGGUCGGCCUCCUCCCUGGGGGCGGUCAGUCUUUUGUCGCCCCAGUCCUUGUACAGCUAUGCACGAGUGCCAAAACCAACGUCCCCUUUGAUAUCUCGACACAAGACUCCGUCUGACCAACGUCCCCUUUGAUACAAAAAUCCAUAUGGGACAUAGUUUAUUUCUUGCCUCAGGAACAUUUUUACAGCGGCCCUCAGAGUACGGUGGGUGGAUCCAGUGGAUCUGGUGGAUCCAGUGGAUUUGGUGGAUCCAGUGGAUUUGGGUUUUGUUGACCUAUUGCAGCUGAAAUCAUUUAGUCUGUAAACUUUGACCUAUGUACUUUGACCUAUGUACACGGCGUAAAUGCCACAUAUGGCAUGAGGUUUGACACGUGAUAUGUACCACGUGUCGUAUAGCACAUGUGCAGCAUGGUGUGAAUGCACAGCUUUAAUGAGAGAAGAUUUCAGAAUGUAAAGUGGCCGAUAGAGGCGAACCCAC